UACAGUACUUGAGUACAGUGUUCAACGGACGGAGCUUAAGAUGCGAUUCCAAUUCAUUCUGGCCUUUGGUCUUGUCGUCCUCGUCGCUUAUGGUGGCACCACUGGCACCACCACCGGCACCACGGGCACCACUGGCACCACAGGCACCACAGGCACCACUGGCACCACGGGCACCACUGGCACCACAGGCACCACAGGCACCACAGGCACCACUGGCACCACUGGCACCACUGGCACCACAGGCACCACCGGCACUCCCAGCUCGUCCACCACCAGCUCUAGCACCCCCAGCACUUCAUCCUCGACCAGUCCUUCUUCUCCCACAACCUCCACUUCUCCAACUACCAGCUCCCCCUCUUCCAGCGACUCCUCGUCCUCCGGCUCCAGCAGCAGCUCCUCGUCGGCCAAGCAGAGGCGCAGGGAGAGACGUCGCCGCGAGAGGCGUCGUGAGAAGCGCCAGGAGAGACGCCGGGAGAGGCAGCGCCGGCGCCAACAGAACCGCCGCGGCUAA